AUAUUUUUUUACAUCGGUGCCAUAGACAAUCUGUAAACGAAUCAUAAACGAAUCCAUUUCAAACGUCAAAGUCAAACAAUUCUUUCUUUCAGUUCGUUGACAACGUGAAGGGAGGACAACUCUUCCACUAUGUCGUCUAAGGUAUCGCGUGAUACGCUUUACGAGUGCGUAAAUGCCGUCCUCCAGGCAUCGAAGGACAAGAAACGUAACUUUUUGGAGACAGUCGAGCUUCAAAUUGGUCUGAAGAACUAUGACCCCCAGAAGGACAAGCGUUUCUCAGGCACCGUCAAGUUGAAGUACAUUCCCCGGCCCAAGAUGCAGGUGUGUGUGCUUGGAGACCAGCAGCACUGUGACGAGGCUAAGUCACUUACGGUGCCCUGCAUGGACGCUGAGGCACUCAAGAAACUUAACAAGAACAAGAAGCUUGUUAAGAAACUGGCCAAGAAAUAUGAUGCCUUCCUUGCAUCAGAAUCCCUCAUCAAGCAGAUCCCCCGUCUAUUGGGUCCUGGUCUCAACAAGGCUGGCAAGUUCCCUGGUCUCCUCUCCCACCAGGAGUCCAUGACACAGAAGAUUGAUGAAGUCAAGGCUACCAUCAAGUUCCAAAUGAAGAAGGUAUUGUGCUUGUCUGUGGCUGUUGGUCACGUAGACAUGACCCCUGAUGAGCUUGCACAGAACGUGCACUUGUCGAUCAACUUCCUGGUGUCGCUGCUCAAGAAGCACUGGCAAAACGUGCGCUCCCUUCAUAUGAAGUCCACCAUGGGCCCACCCCAGAGAUUGUACUAAGCCUACUUCAAUAAACUUGACUUAACAACA